UGGCUCAAGCCGUCUUGGCACCUAUUCGACUAACGCACAUUCUGUGUGAUCACUGUGGUGGGCCGGUGCUCUCAUGACCCGCCUUUGCAUGUUUCGUGUCCUCAUUGCCGUGAGCUUCGCCAGAGUAGCAACAUGCAUAACUCCUUUCGGGUUAGCUCGUGACAGGACGUCUCGCGGGUCAGUAUCAGUAUACGCGUCUCACAUAGGCCAUGCGCAGACGCUGAGCCCUGGCACGCAAGAGAAGUAUGCGCUGGCAAUCAGUGCGAAGGGAAUGAACAGUCACUUCGGCAGCGGUGUCCGCCAGAUGGCCCUCAUGAUGGAUCUGAAGGACUGCGGCUUCGGCGUGGACACUCUGACAGAGGAGGGCUAUGAUUCUCCCGACUGGGGCUCCCCCAAGGCUACAGAGCUACUCUCAGGGUCCACGAACUUUCACGUCAGGCCAGGCGGAAACAGAUCCAACUUCAACGUGUCCCGCGUCCAAAACCUGAUGCACCGGUACAGCCACAUCUACCUCUUCGGAUGGGCUUGGGAGCUGGAGUUCACCUACACGGCGGAGACUGCGCUGAAGGCCCUGGAGGGGGACCCGGACCUGCGCAAACGGGUGACUCUCGUUUUGGACGACAACCCGUACAACCGGUGCUACGCGGGGCACGACCUGACUUUCUGCCGCACGAGGGCCCCGAACAUGGUCAGACGCUGGCUCAACGUGAGUUCGCGGGCGAUGUCCAUUUCGGAAGUGGACGCCGCCGACCUCAACCGCAUGAAGACCCGCCUCAAGCUUCCAGGGCCGGAUUUCGAGGCGUGGCCCCUGAACCUUGAGCACGUGGAGGAUCUGUUCAACUCCAGCAUCCAGACAGAGACUCCGGGGAACUGGACCCAGCCGUACUUGACCAUGGUGGCCAACGAUCACGCAGAGAACAGAAGAUUCGUGUCCGAGCUGAUUAGCGGGGGGUACCUAGAUGAGAUCUGCAACAAAACGAAGGCUGUGCCAUGGGGUAUCAGGCGACUGAAGGUCGUCUUCGUCGGCACGAUCUCCUGGUAUAUGAUGUCCCAAUUCCCUGGCAAGAUGGCAAAACUGCGGAAAUCCUGCGUGCGCACGAAGAUGGAAGUCUCGAUGGAGCAGCUUCAGCGUGAUAUCAUGCCGAAGACGCUGGCGAUCCUUAACCCGUUCUUGGGUGCGGUCAACAGUGGGAUCAGCGUGAAAACUUUCGAGGCCGUCGCCAUGGGCGUGCCGAUUGUGACGUCGAUGGCCGGCUUCCGCGGCCUCGAAGAGUGCGGCAAGCGUCUCAAUAAGGCUGGCUUGCUCGCCCCUGGCACUGCCGCGGGGUACGUCGACCUCAUCAACACUAAGCUGGUCGACCCCGCGAAUGCCGCCAAAUUCAGGUCGAUGCAGCGAGAUCUGCUUCAUGCCUGCGUCGUCGAGCAGAAGGCGGAGAUGCAGAACGCGUGCAAGGCGAAGAGCGGCAGAGGCAGCCAAGUGGCGUGAACACACUCGGCCGCUCCAGUCGGCAAAUCGGCAGCGAGCGUGCGCUUCAGUGCGGCGCCGUCACGUGCAAUGCAUUUGACAUCUUUUUACUUACGGUGCUGGCUGCACCCAGCGGAGCGCUGCAACAUUGCAAGCGCGACCGUUGUGGACGUAGGAUGCACAAAAUGAGUGCUGCAGGGACGAGUCCGGUGGACGAACGCUGCAGGGACGCUGAAUGCUCGCCCGCUUGCCCCUCGCGGUCAGGUCUGCUUUGUUUUCUUUUGAUGGCUGGGCUACUGAUCUUUGGAUCGAGCCUGCCAGACCAGUGUAGCUUGUACACGCCUGACCAAAAAACGGCCUGAUCAGAUUGUUGGUUCGCACGCCCGGUCUCCCUCCCUUCUCCCUCUCUUCCUCCCCUCC